UACCUAUGCAUUUGUCCAUGUCUACCUUCUUCCCCUGUUCCCCCUCCCUCUUUUAACUCUCCAAACAACAACAACAACAACAUAAUGGGUUAGCAAUCAUACUCUCUCAUAUUUCCACCCAAUUUUUCUUCUUUCAAAUAUUAUUAUCUUUAUUUUUUCUUGUUGGGUAUCAUCCAAAAUCAUGUCUUUUCAGUCUUCAUGGUGUUCUUGAUUUUUUCACCAUGAUUUGACUUCAUUCCCUCAAAUUUCCUUCCACCCUUUAUUAACAAGAUCAAGAAUCAAGAUUCAAGAACCACCACUUGAUUGUUCUUAUCUUGAAAUAUAUAGAUACAAAAAAAAAUAUAUAUAUAUAUAUAUAGAUACAAACUACAAACUACAAACUACAAACCCUCUUGUUUUAGGUGAUGGAGAUUGAUCUGAAUCAUGCAGUUAGUGGUCAGAAUGCAGAAUCUUGUAACAAUGAAGGGGAUUCAUCACUUUCAACAUCCUCAAACUCCUCGAACUCUUCUUCCUUAAAGUCCCCAAAUUCUUCAUCAAUUUACAUGGAACUUUGGCAUGCUUGUGCUGGCCCUCUUACAACUCUUCCAAAUAAAGGAAAUGGUGUUGUGUACUUCCCUCAAGGUCAUUUGGAACAAAUUGCUUCUCACUCAUCUACUCACUUUGCACCCAUUGAUGUUCCUUCUUUUGGGCUACCCCCUCAGAUCUUUUGCAAGAUUCUUGAUGUUCAAUUGCUUGCUAACAAGGAGAAUGAUGAGGUCUACACAAAGGUCACUCUUUUCCCUCAACCAGAGGGAAAUUUACAGGAAAAGGAAGAAGAGGGGGGUGGGGUUACACCCACAAGAUCAACACCUCAAAUGUUCUGCAAAACACUCACUGCUUCUGAUACAUCCACUCAUGGCGGAUUCUCGGUCCCUCGAAGAGCCGCUGAAGAUUGUUUCCCACCUCUGGAUUAUAAGCAGCAGAGGCCGAGUCAAGAACUAAUUGCGAAGGAUCUUCACGGGGUAGUAUGGAAAUUUAGGCAUAUUUAUAGAGGUCAGCCGAGGCGACAUCUGCUUACAACAGGUUGGAGCAUCUUUGUUAGCCAAAAGAAUCUUGUUUCCGGUGAUGCAGUUCUCUUUUUGAGGGGAGAAGGAGGAGAACUGAGGUUAGGAACCCGAAGAGCCACUCGACCAAGAAACAUUCUUCCGGAUACAACCAUGGGCAACUUGAAGUCCUAUGCCGAUACACUUGCAUCUGUCGCUAAUGCGGUUUCUACCAAUGGCACCUUUGAUGUUUUCUACAGCCCAAGGUCUAGCCGAGCGGAUUUUGUAGUCCCGUACGCAAAGUACAAGAAAGCAAUAAGUAACAUGAUAUCCGUGGGUGCAAGAUUCAAAAUGAAAUUCUGUAUGGAUGAGUCUCCGGAAAGAAGGUUUAGUGGAGUUGUGACCGGUGUAGGUGAUAUGGAUCCUUACAAAUGGGCUAACUCUAAAUGGAGAUGCUUAAUGGUGAGGUGGGAUGAAGAUAUCGGAAACGAUCAUCAAGAACAUAUAUCUCCAUGGGAAAUCGAUCUUUCUAACGGGUCUUUCCCGUUGUUGAACAUUCAAUCUUCCCCACGCCUCAAGAAACUACGUGCGGGUCUGCAUGCAACUCCUUCAGGACACCCUGCAGCCGCACGUGGUGGAUACGUAGACUUUGAGGAGUCGAUAAGAUCCUCUAAGGUCUUGCAAGGUCAAGAAAAUGUAGGUCCCGUAUCACCUCUCUUUGGACGUGAUAAGAUGAACAACUCGUUAACCUUCGGGGCACAACCCCUGAUGCACGCGGGUUUUCCCCAAAACGGGAUGACGAUGAUGGGACGGAAUACGAAUUUCGUCGAACUUAUGAGAAGUACUCAUCAUCAACCGCUCUCAACCACCCCUUACUCAGGCUUUCUGGGAUCUGAUAAUACUAGAUUCCCGCAGGUCUUGCAAGGUCAAGAAAUUUGCUCAUUGAGAUCGUUGACUGGUAAACCCGAUGUCGGUUCUUGGGCCCCACCAAGACCCGAUCUCGGUACCAGCCAUUGCAAUAUUCUCAACAUGUACCGAGCCCCCGAGAACCCUGGUUUCUAUCCACUUGGUUCUACAGGUGGUCGGAACUUCGGUUUUCCAAAUCCCGAUGUUUAUGAAGCGAGACUAAGGCCAAGUCCGGGGCCCGACUUGAGCCCGGGCCCGGGUGCGGCUCGGGGCAUGCCUACGAACUUCACCCGGUAUCCCGUCGUUCCACCUUCCGUUGGAAGUGGGCCGGUUGAGAAAACCGUUGUUGAACCUAAUUCAAGCAGUGAGAAAAAUGAUGGUGCUUCGGAUAGCAUUGGGAGUAGCUGUAAACUCUUUGGUUUUCACUUGAAUGAAGCGCCUCAAUCGUUAGAUGCUAAAGGUUCAAACAAGAGGAGUUGUACCAAGGUUCACAAACAAGGAAAUAAAGUUGGAAGGGCCAUUGAUCUCUCAAAAAUGUCGAGUUACCGUGAGUUGUUCAUGGAGCUAGAAGUGUUGUUUAACAUGGAAGGCGCUUUUAACACUCCAAAUGGUGUAUGGCGACUACUGUAUACUGACGAAGAGAACGACAUGAUGGUUGUCGGGGAUGAUCCAUGGGACGAGUUUGCAAGAAUGGCUACAAAAAUACACAUAUACACUGCUGAAGAAGUCGAGAAGCUGAUGAGCAGUGGGGUGAUUAGCGACAACACAAGCUGCUUGGAGGAACCACCGGCUAUCGUUGAUACGGCUAAAUCCUCGUCGGUCGGUUGAUUAAUCAUCGUAUCUAUCAAACUGUUUUAUGGUUGUUUUGUAGUGUGUUGUACUAUGUUGUUUGUAUCGAAUGGAACCUUUGUGUUUUCAAAGCAAGUUUAUGUGCUUGCCAAACUUGGAUGCAACAAUAUGUAAGCAAAUAAGCAAGUUAUGCAACAGGUAUGUUUUAGCUUUUAAA